CAGCGGCUUCUGGAGCUGAAGCUCCUCCCAUGCACCUGAUCCGAGUAUUUACGCCUCCACGCUCCACUCCGAGGGCGAGUUCGCUCUCUCACCAUGACUCGCAGCGAGGGAUCUGGCGGGCAGGCGGACUGAGCGGGGGAAGUUUGGACAAGUUGGCUGUCACUCACGCGCUUCCAAGAUGCCUCGCUCUUUUCUCGUCAAGAAACACUCCAGCAGCGCCAAGAAGCCCAACUACAGCGAGCUGGAGCUGGAGAGCCCGACAGUCAUCCUCGGCCCGCGCUUCUGCAAGGGCCUCCCGCUGGCCGCCAUCCCGAGCCCCAUCACGGUGUGGAGCACCAGCAGCCUGCCCCUCAGCCCCGUCUCCGGCUACCCCUCCUCCCUGUCGGACGCCUCCUCCAAGGACCACAGCGGCUCCGAGAGCCCGCGCAGCGACGAGGAGGACCUGGCCAAGGGGACGCAGCCGCGCGGCGCCGAGGCGGAGAAGUUCCAGUGCGCCCUGUGCGCCAAGUCCUACUCCACGUACUCCGGACUGCUCAAGCACAAGCAGCUGCACUGCGACGCCCAGAGCAGGAAGUGCUUCAGCUGCAAAUACUGCGAGAAGGAGUACGUGAGUCUGGGGGCCCUCAAGAUGCACAUCAGGACGCACACCCUGCCCUGCGUCUGCAAGAUCUGCGGCAAAGCCUUCUCGCGCCCCUGGCUGCUGCAGGGCCACAUCAGGACGCACACGGGAGAGAAGCCCUUCUCCUGCCCGCACUGCAGCCGGGCCUUUGCCGACAGGUCCAACCUCAGGGCGCACCUCCAGACCCACUCCGAUGUGAAGAAGUACCAGUGCAAGAACUGCUCCAAAACCUUCUCCCGGAUGUCCCUGCUGCACAAGCACGAGGAGUCGGGCUGCUGCACGGCACACUGAGCCGACCCAGGAGCUGGCUCCAGGGACUCACCCGCCCCUCCACAAGGGGUGUCUCUCCAGGGUUUCCAGGAGGUUCAUGACUGACACCAAAGGUGCUUCUAGAUGUGGAAUACCACAGCCACGAGGACCCACCAGGCACAGCCGCUCGGACUGGCGUCGAUGAGGAGAUGACACCUGACUGACCACAGCGAGCUCCUGCUGCGUGUGUGUGAGAGGACCGGUGCAGAGGACGCGGGUCGGGCGGCAGCGUGGAGCCGGCAGCUGUUGCUCCGCCCACAAUUGCACAGACACUCAAGAGCUUUCCACUUAACUCAGCAAUAAGUGUAUUUUGUACCUUUUGUAUUUGGAUGUUUCUUUGGUGAAUGUUCGCAUGACUGAGAUGAUUGUACGUGGUUCUGCUGAGGCUUUGGAGGAAUAAAG